CAAACCCUCAGACCUCUAGUAGAGCACUUGUUUUCAUCUGGUGAGUGGUUUAACGUGUUCACAGGUCUACUCACUUUCUUCGCCAGAAGGCUAAACGAGCAGGGCCUGUUGGAAUGUUCCACAGCACAGGUUCUUCCAUGAAGUGGAAGUUCAGUCAGUAUUGUUAAAGGUGGCAGUUGGGGGUGGUGCCGGUCAUGUGUGAACGUUAAGGGCAACAGGUGCGGUGAAGAGGUGUCUGCAGUUGCUGUUAAUGGACGUUUGCGGUCAUCGCUGCAAGGGAAGUGAGGGAGGAAGUGAGGGGGCGGUUUGGAAGGGAACCCAAAUGGAAAGAGUAGAAAGUACUUUGCAGAAGUGGUGGGUGAUGGGAGGGAAGCAGAUGUGGAGGUGGUGGUAACUCAGCAAGUGAGAAAGUGCAGUUGUGAAAGCGCAGUGCAAACAUCAGAGCGCUAAAAACAAAAUAAAGUUAGAUUCUCCAUAUUUCUGCCUAGCUGUGCCUCUGGGUUUACUAAGCAGCAGUGUAAAUUUAGUGAAAGUAUCCCUGGAUUUGGGAGUCAGGGACCUGAAUUUUGCUACUAUUUUGUGUACGUUGUGUGAGCAAAUCACAAUCUUUCUGUGUAUCAGCUUCCUUAUAUAUAAUUAAGGUAUUAGACCAGAAAGAUUUCUUUUUUUUAAAUGUUUGUUUAUUUUUGAGAGAGAGAGUACAAGUGCGGCAGGGGCAGAGAGAGAGGAAGACACAGAAUCUGCAGCAGCCCCCAGACUCUGAAUUGUCAGCACAGAGCCCGAUGUGGGGCUCGAAACCCCCCGCGCCGUAAGAUCAUGAGCUGAGCUGAAGUCAGAAGCUUAACCCACUGAGCCACUCAGGCACCCCUGACCAGAAAGAUUUCUGAAAUCAUCCUAGCUCUGUUGUGGAUUCUAUGAUUUCAUGUAACAAUAAGCACUCCUCCCCGACUUCAUUUACGGCUUUUAAAGUUUGUUUAUUUGAAUUUCAAUAUAGUUAACAUAAAGUGUUAGUUUUAGGUGUACAAUAUUCAGCAAUUGUAUACAUUACUUAGUGCUCAUCAUAAGUGUACUCUUAAUCCCUUCAGCUAUUUGACCCAUUCUCCACCCACCUCCCCUCUUGUAACCAUUAGUUUAUUUUCUAUAGUUAAGAGUGUUUCUUGGUUUGUCCCUUUUUUUCCCUUUGUUUCAUAACAUAUGAGUGAAAUCUUGUGGUAUUUGUCUUUUCUGACACAUUUCACUUAGCAUUAUACUGUCUAGCUCCAUCCGUGCUGUUGCAAAUGGUAAGAUUAUUCAUUCUUUUUUAUGGCUGAGUAAUAUUCCAAUGUGUGUGCAUGUGUGUGUGUGUGUGUGUGUAUGUAUACCACCCCUUUAUCCAUUCAUCUAUCAAUGGAUAGAUGGGCUGCUAACACUUGAGCUGCUUCCAAAAUUUGGCUAUUGUAGAUAAUGCUGCAGUAAACAUAGGGGUGCAUAUAGUUUUAAAAAAAAUUUAAUGUUUAUUUUUGAGAGAGAGAGACUGAGCGCAAGCAGGGGAGGGGCAGAGAGAAAGGGAGACACAGAAUCUGAAGCAGGCUCCAGGGUCUGAGCUGUCAGUACAGAGACCAAUCAAUGUGGAGCUUGAACCCACAAACCACGAGACCAUGACCUGAACCAAAUUGGUUGCUUAACUGACUGAGCCGCCCAGGUACCCCCAUAUAUCUUUUUGAAUUACUGUUUUUGUAUUCUUUCGGUAAAUAUCGAAUCGUCUGAUACUGGAUCAUAUGGUAAUUCUACUUUUAACUUUUUAAGGAACCUCCAUACUGUUUUCCAUAGUGGCUGCACCAACUUGCAUUCCCACCAACAGUGCACAAGGAUUCCUUUUUCUCUAUAUCCUCACUAACAUUUGUUUCUUGUGUUUUUGAAUUUAGCCAUUCUGACAGGUGUGAUGUGAUAUCUCAUUGUGCUUUUGAUCUGUAUUUCCCUGAUGAUGAGUGAUGUUGAGCAUCUUUUCAUGUGUCUGUUGGCCAUCUGUAUGUCUUCCUCCCCUAAUUUUAAUGAAAUCCUUUUGUGCUCAUUCAUACUUGUUCAUCAAGACCUUUGAGUCCUCAAGGGCCAAAUUUAUCUCUAAACUGAAAAAUGGAAAGUAAAGUACCUUUAUUCUGCCAGGCAGAAGAAAAUAGCGAUUUAUCAGAUGAAGGCUGUAAUUCUCUUGCAACCAACUUGCCAUCGAGACAUAUUGACAACAAGAAAGACAUCAAGUUUUCUCAAAUGACACAGAAGACAAUUUCACAUGAAAUUAGGGGUUUGAGGCUAGAGCACAAAAAAAGGUAUGAAACAUCAAUAUUCCUCUGUGGAGAAGAGAAAUCCUCUGAUUUUUCAGGAGAGAAAAAGUUCAGAAGAAAGAAAAGUUUACAAGUACAGUUGCAUACUGAAAGAACUGAGAUUGCCUCUUCCUCAGUGAAGCUGUUGAAGGAGAAGAUGACUAAGAAAGAAAGGUCUUCACUCAAGUUUCCGAAUCAGUACAGUGUUCACAAGACUUUAUCACCCCUUUGUACAUCUUCCUCAAUUAUUCGGAAAAGGGAAAUGGUUUCUAGCCUCUGCAAGACAUCAUAUAAUGAAGUACCUCAAGGACACUUACACUCACAAGAAUUAAGCGCACUUCAGAAGGCCUGUAAAAUUUUUAGCAAAAUUCAAAGUGGUAAAAUUUAUGUGAAUGAUCUGCCAAUGAUCCAUCACACCUUGAAGAUUUUUAUAAGUGAUUUGGAAAUGCAAAAGGCACUAAAGACUGUUGAUAUUGAUGUUAAUGGAAUGCUGGAUUUUUCAGAUUUCCUUAAGACUAUGAAUGAUGUUUGUUAUUUGGUCUCCCAGGAUCCAGCAUUCCAGAAUGCCUUGAAGAUUUUCUGUAGGAUAAAAAGUGGUCGAGUUGCGACUGAUGAACUGGCUGCUGUUUUGGAUAGCAUGGAUAUUCCUGUAAUUCCUGAAACUUUUCAGGAAGUGAUAAAACAUGCUAGUAUAGACAGUAACCACAUGGUGGAUAUUAGAGAUAUUCUAUUUAUUUUGGAUGAACUACAGCACCAGUAUGAAGAUUUUUCAGGUAUGGAAUCAUCAGCCUUGGAUGAAUCUACUUCAAACAGAAAGUUAUCAAAUAUAUCAGAAUGUUAUCCACAGUAUAGGAUGAAAAGCAGUUUCUCUUCCAGACUACGUGAACCAUCAUUAUUCCCAAAGUUAAAUGGAAAACACCUCCAAUAUCAUAAAAUUAUGGAGGAUAAUGAUUACCUUGAACUUAAAAGAUCAAAAAAUCCUUUGCAAAUAAAAAAAUUCCUAAAUGGGGUUGAUAGCAGUGAUACAGGAUUCUGGGAACCAUAUUCAAAGGAUGGCAUAGACUUUAAGAAAAGUUCAGAGAAGAUUGAAAUUCAUGACUCAAAGUCUACGUCACAUAGCUUGAAGAGCAUUACAAGCCUCAAAAAGUCUCUGGAUAAAAGUGAUAAUUUUAGUAUCCCCAAACUUCAGAAGCCAGCUGUGAGAAGGCAUUCCAGCCUCCUAAAACAGGUUUCGUCGAAAGAAAAGAUUGCAGUGAAUGCUCUGGCUAUCGAUAAACUCCAAGAAAAUUACAUUGCUGCAGAAGAACUUCAAUCCAUUUUGCCUUCAAUAGGAGUUACGUUAUCAGACAAAGAGUUCAAGGAGAUUGUGGCAAAGACUACUCAAAAUGGAAAUGGAAUGGUGAAGUUAGAUGACUUUAUGAGCGCUCUCUCCAAGGAGCAAAGUCUUCCUGAAUGUGAUGUGUUGACUGAUGUCAUUAAAGCCAUUGAUAAAAUUAAAGAUGAAAAUAUUGAUUAUGAGGAUAUGAAUACUUGUCUUCAGCAUUUUGGAGUUUACCUUUCUAAGCCAGAAUUUGAGAAGAUCACAGAGUUGACUGAAGCUGACAAAACGAAAAAAGUGAAUUUUAAAGAUUUCAUUGAUACAAUGAUGACCAAUACGGAACGCUUCUCUGAAAAAUUAUUAUUGCCUGAUGCUAUUGAAAACCUCCAUAAUCUCAGCAAAGGGAAGAUGAAGAUUUCUCACCUGUGGACCACUCUGUCUAACUUGAAUAGUAACUUGAAAAAAAAUGAAUUCCUAGCUGCGCUGAAAUUAACAACAGUGGAUGAAGAUGAUGAAGUACAAAUAGAAGAAUUUGGACAAGUGGUAAAGGAUAUUCGUGAUGCCUCCAGGUUAAAAGAGUUACAAGACAUUGUCUUAGCUCUUGAUGGGCUUGAAGGUGACAUGAUAUCUGGGAAGAACUUGGAGAGCUUUCUAGGCAAUAUUGGGAUUAAGUCACCUGAAGAAGAGGUAGAGAAAAUUCUUCAGUCAGAUCUUGUUUCUGAUGACAACAUGGUGAAUGUUAAAGACUGUAUGAAGGCUUUGAAGGACACUCAGAAAUUUUCCACUUUUGUUGCAUUGAAUGACAUCAUCGGUACAUUGGAAUGUAUGGAAGAAAGUGAUCAGUCUGGCAAGGACAACUAUGCAGAUGUACUUGGAAACACCAAUAGAAUUUAUUUCACUGAUAAUAGUUUUCAAGAAGUGUUGGAUGAUUCCUUGCUCGACGACUUUAGGAAAGAGGCUUUGUCUUCAAAUCUGAAACUACCAACAGCAGAUGCAUUUAAAGAAGCUGCUUAUAUCUUGACAAGUGUUGAUAAUGGCAAGAUUGGCAUACGUAACUUGGAGCAUGCCCUGAAAAGUUUGAAUGUUAAUUUAGCUGAGGAGGACGUCAGUGAAGCCCUUAAAUAUUGUGACAUCGGUGAUAAUAAUGAGGUGAAUUUAAAAGAUUUCUUUGAAAGAAUUAAAGGAAGUCCACCUUUCAAAGAGUCCGUAGUUACACAGCUACUCUUCAUUACUAUUCAAAUUCUCCAGAAUGAUCUAAUUGAUGUCUCUAGCCUCAAGGCAUUAUUGAUGAACAAUGACUUUCAUGCAGCUAAUGUUUUACUUGAUGAAGUAUUAAGACAUGGACCUGAACAUGAAAAUGGCAAGAUUACCUAUGAAGAAUUUUUUAUUAAGUUCUGUGAUACAUUGAACAUGCCUAAAGCCUCAGGAAAUAAAAAUCAAUUUUACAACAUCAACAUUUACAAAAAUGAACUUAAAGACAUUCCUGUACUUCAGCAAAAUUUAAAUGCCAUUGGAAUCUAUCUAACAGAUGAUAAAAUAAAGGAGACUUUGGAUAACACUAAUCCUAACGAUGAAGUGGUGAGUUUUAAGGAUUUCAUCAGAGAAUUGAACAACAGUGAUGAAUUUAUCGAGUGCCACAGAAUAGAAGAUGCAUGUAACGUUGUUAAUAGUGUCUUUGAUAGGAAAGUUGAAGUUAAAGACCUUUUAUCUGCGUUGGAGGGCCUGGAGAAACCUUUAAAUGAAGAAAAACCUGAGGUGUUACUGAACUCUGAAACAGAUGAAAGUAAAAAGAUCUUAAAAGAUGUAAUUGAUGUUUUCAUUAAUUCACCUAAACCAUCAACACCAUUCAAUAAUUUAUUUAAAGAGAUUACAACUCUUGAUAAGAUCAGAAAUGAUAAGAUGCCUAUAAAUGAGCUGAGGUCCCAACUCCGGAAGGCUAGAAUUCUAUUAAGCAACAAGACGUUCCAGGAAAUUCUGGGUCAAGCAUCUAUUGAUGAAAAUAGUGAAGUAAGUCUCAAACAAAUUUUGGAGGCUUUGAACACAAAUAAGCCAGCUCCUGAAUUUGAAGGUUUAUGUACUGCCCUCCAAACUGUCAACUUGAUGAACUGCAACAGAAUUCAGAUUGGUGACUUGAAAGGUGCUUUUGAUGACCUCAAUGUUUCUGUAAAGCCUGAAGAACACCAGAUGUUAGUGAAAACGCUUGAUGUUGAUGAAAAGGGAGAUACUUCUCUAAAGACUGCCCUUUUAGCACUGAAGAGCAUUAAGCGUUUUCGAGAUUUUAGAGAGGUUAAUGAACUUGCAAAGGCCUUAAACAAAGUCACCAAUGAAAAAGUUGUUGUUGAUGAUAUAAAACCUAUACUGAAAGGCUUGGGGAUUUAUUUGCCAGAGGAAGAAUUGCAGGAGAUGCUUACAUCCAUUUCUCUUGAUAACGAGGGGAAAGUGAACUUAAAAGAUUUCCUGACUCAGUUAAUGAAAAUACCAUAUUUUACAAAAGUUCAAAAAAAAGAAGGCCCCUUGAAAACUUUGGCUGCCAUUAGGAAAAAUGAGGUCACUCCUGAUGAUCUAGACUCCAUGAUGAAAAAUAUAGGAGUUCCAUUACCCCAAGAUGCGAUUCAAAGAUCCCUGAAGAAUGUGGCUAUCACGGGAAGUAAGGUUGAUGACAGCAACUUAGACACUUUUCUAGGAAACAUGAAGAUAGAGAUGUCAGCUGAUGGAAGAGUUGAACCUAAUAAACUAAUGAAUAAAACUGAAGCUGUUACAGGAGAGACAGUAGCUGUCAGAGACCUGGACAAGAUACUAGGGAACAUGGGCUUUGAACUCACCAAAGAAGAUUCUGGAGAGAUGAAAAGAAAACUUCCACUUUAUGGAGGAGAAGUUGACCUCAGUGACCUGGAAAAUGUCUUGCAAAAUAUGGGGAUAGAGUCCUCACCAGAGCAUUCGGAGCUAAAGGAAUUACUUCCAAUUAAUGCUACAGCUAGUAGAAGAAUAUAUAAGACUAGUUUGCUGAAUUGUGCAGAUGUAAAAGGUGAGUGAGAUUCAAAUAAAGAUGUCAGAUUGAGAACUCUUGUGUUUUGCUUUUUUUCUUAUUAAAUAUUGCCCCCUGCCAUUCUCAUAUAUAUUUC